AUGCCUAUUCUUCUUCUACUUCCCAGCAAGCACUCCACCAAAUCUACGGCGUCUAUGAGAACAGCACAGUGGGAGACAUCAGUAUCGAGCAGCAGUCGAACCAAGCAGAUGACAAGCCAAUAUCUCCAAGACUCUCCCUCCAACAUCGCCGAUGAUCACGAGAAACCUCAAGAGGACGUAAAGGACAGGAAGGACAGCAUGGUGGAGGUCGACGAAGUAGAGCCUUUGAUAGACUCGCUGGACGAUAUCGAAGUAGCUCCAGAAGAUGAAAUGGAGGUCUCAGCGACGACUUUCGAGUCCUUCGACCCGGACACGUCCAUGGCGGAUGAGGUCGAAGCAACAUCAGAAGAUACGACAGAGGUCGCGGCGGAUACUGCUGACUCCUUCGAUGUGGACACGUCCAUGGAAGAGUCGAUCGUGAGCUAUUACACCGUCUCCGACGACAACACUGCAUCUUCACCUACUCGGCCAACAAAUGAUGAAGCCGAAGACUCGCAAGAGACUCCUGAAGAAUCGAGAUUCGAUACUGCUGCUCAGAAGGUGUUGGCAACAUACUCGUUGGUUGAGCGGAUCUUUCUGAAGCUCCCCGAAAUCGAGUCUGACCAGUCGGUUAAGAUGCUCGUAUUGGCUCAGGGCACGAACAAAACGUUCCGGCAAGUGAUUCGACGCUCGUUCAAGUUCCGGCGGGUAAUGAGAGGACGCAAGGAGUCGUUGCUGCGUUCUAGAAGAUCUGGGGAGGCUUGUGGUAGGUGA